GGUUUCACUGACCCGAAAUAACCCCUAACAAUGCAAAAAGCCCUUGGCAGAAAAUGGCGGAGAGUAUACUAUCUGUGGAGAUCUUCGGGCUGUCACCUCUAGACUUCCAGACGUUUCUGGUGCUCUGUCUUGCCUUUCUUCUGUCGUUCUUGUUCCUUAGACGUCCCAGGAACAUUCCUCCUUACCCUGCAGGAUGGUGGCCUUUCUUCGGGCACCUCUUCUCCUUGGGCCGAGCGCCACACCUGAAGUUUACGGAGUGGAGGCGGCUGUACGGUGACGUGUUCACUGUCAGAAUGGGGCUGAAAGAUGUCGUGAUUCUAAACGGCUACACGAUGGUGAAGGACGCACUGGUGAGCAGGUCCGAACUGUUCGCCUCCAGGCCGACGAGUUACAUAUUCGACUUACUUACUGGUGUCGGAAAAGGUAUUGUGACUGCAAGAUGGGGACACGGCUUCAAACAGAAGAAGAAAUUCUCUAUAAGUGUGUUGAAGAUCUUGGGAAUGAAAGUCGGAAAGAAUAGCAUUGAAGACAAGAUUCAAGAAGAAGCAAUGUGUAUGUGUGAAAAGAUUGCAGAGUACAGGGGAAAGCGAUUCGACGCCGAGGAAGAAAUACGAACCACAAUAGCCAACGUCCUUUGUUCCAUGAUCUUUGGCAACCGUUUUGACUAUGGGGAUGAGAAGUUUAGAGAACUGGCAGAAGCCAUGGUGGUCACCUUGGUUAGCAUCGCAUCUGGACAACCGAUCAGCAUCUUCCCUUUCCUGCGAUUUGUUCCAUAUGUGAACAAGCCUUGUAACGAUGCAAUCAAGUACAACGAGAAGAUCCUAAAGUUUAUCAGGGAUGAGAUAUCUCGCCAUCGACGUGAUCUUGACUGCGAGAAUCCACGAGACUUUCUCGACUUCUGCCUGAUUGAAGUGGACAGACACGACAAGGUGGACAACCUCACAGAAGAGAAUGUGAUGCAUGUUGUUCAAGAACUCCUCUUCGGUGGAAUCGACACAACUACUAACACACUCCGAUGGGGGCUCAUGUACAUGGUACUGUACCCAGAUGUCCAGAAAAAGGUACAGUCGGAGCUUGAUGCAGUUGUUGGAGGUACCCUGCCCACCAUAUCCCAUCGCUCCCAGCUGCCCUACACAGAAGCUACAGUGAUGGAAGUACAGCGUCUCCGCUCAGUGGUUCCUUUAGGUCUGCCCCACGCCACCACACAACAGGUCAAGCUUGCUGGGUUUGACAUUCCGGCUGGAACUCAAGUCCUGAUGAACCUGCACUCUGUUCACGCGGACCCUGUUUACUGGCCGGAUCCGGAUCGGUUUGACCCCGGCAGGUUUCUGGACACAGAAGGACGUGUCGUGAGCAAGCUGGACUCUUUCAUGCCGUUCUCAGGAGGACGCCGCGUGUGCCCAGGAGAGCAGCUCGGCAAGAUGGAGCUGUUUCUGCUGUUUUCCAGCCUGCUGCAGAACUUCACCUUCAAGCUGCCAGAGGGCGCCCCACCUUUGUCUACUGAAGGGAUAUUAGCGAUAACACUCAUGCCGCACUCGUUUAAACUUUGUGCUAUUCCUCGAUAAGUCGAAACUGAUGGCAUGAAUUUACAAUUAUCAUAUAGCCAGGCGCCGCGGACAAAUCAGAGGGCCCCGUUCCACGUUGGUUAUGACGCGACGCCGUAGAUUCCGGCCAUGCCGGUGUGUAUCGAUCGCUCCUCUGAUUGGUCGGAAUUAAUCGACACCGGCACCAGUGUCGCUGCAAAUCGACACCGGUGCCGGUGUCGAUUCAUAUUGACCAAUAAGACGUUUGCUUCGCUCACGAAUGUCCUUAAUUUCAUGUCUCGUCGAAGAAAGCAACAUUUAAGUUACACUUAUCACUCAGUGGCUUCUUAGCCAGCAAAGGUUCAUUGUAAGAGUCAUAUUUGUAGUAGGAUCGUUGCACGCUCACAAACUUGGGGCAUUUGUUUUUAUAGUCGUCUAUGAGUAGAAUAAAAUGCAGCCUUCUCUUUAGAUCCAUCUCGGUGGUUGGUUUUGUCAAAGUCUUUUGUGGAGCGUGACUACACUGUUCCAGAGCCUUGUUAGGAUUUGUUCUGUUUUUAGAUAUCCAUAUAUCUAUUUGGAAAUUCAUGCUUUAUAGCUAACUGUAUGUAGAUUCUCGAAACAAUGAUAAUAUAGAGUACAUGACACUAAUGUUUAAUCGACUACAAUGUGCAUUUAUUUAACAAAUGUAGGGUUUGUCUAUUGUAGAAUUUGACUUCUUCUCUGAAGGCAGAGGUUAGUAAAUCUAUCAAUAUAUUGCAAUAAUUGCAAGCAUCUGUGUAAUUCUAGAAGUGGCUAUCAAAACUGAUAACAAUAUAUGCAGAAAUAACUUUUUGUAAUAGUUUAG